AGUAAAAAGCAUGAUCAGUCUUCAAAAGCAGUUGCUGAGGACAGAAUGUAGAGAAGCACAGAGCUCAACAUCAGCCAUUGAAAGUACUGGAUUUAAUUGGUCAGCCCUCAGAAUGACUUUGCUGAGCUGUAUCAUCAUUCAGAUACUCUGGGCUUUCUCUGCUAAGGGACAAGCUCCAGCAUGUGAAGAGCCACCUGCCAUAGAUUUUGGGGGGAUUGUUAGUGAUGACAAAUCGGAGUAUAGAGAAGGUGACAAAGUGCAGUACAAGUGCAAUCCUGGAUACAGCCUGAUGGGAACUGAAUGGAUCACAUGCACUGGGAAAACCUGGACACCUGCACCACAGUGUUUGGCACCAUGUAGCCUCACAAAACAGCAACUGGAGACCAAAAAUCUGCUUCUGUCCAAUGGCCGAAGACAUGCACAGUUGAUUCAGAGUGACCACACACUGGAAUUUAUGUGCAGUGAAGGAUAUACCCUCACAACCCCUUCAGUCAGGAAGUGUGUUAAUGGGCACAUGGAUUUGCCUUCAUGCAUCUCUGAAACAGGAAAAAACUGUAGCCGUCCACCUACUAUUGAGAAUGGAGACAUAACUACAUUCUUGGAAAAAGGAUACACAUCUGGCUCCUUUGUAGAAUUCAAAUGCCAAAAAUUUUAUGCAAUGGAAGGACAGAACAGAUCUUUUUGUGACGAUGGAAAUUGGACAAAAGCACCACUUUGUUUAGAGCCAUGUGCUAUCUCAGUGGAAGAAAUGGAAAACCGGAUGGUAGAGUUGAAUGGGACUGCGAAUGAGAACAUAUUGCAAUGGGUGUACCUAAAACGUGGUGAUUUUCUUGAGCUUCACUGCAAACCAGGAUACGCACUUGCAACUAAUUUAUCUCAAUCUACUUUUAUGGUGCAGUGCAAUGGAAAUCCAAUUGUCUAUCCGGGAUGCAAAGAAAUUGUAUGUGAUCCUCCAGGAGUGGUUAAUGGUAGAUUCAGACCUCAAAGGAACGUGUAUAGGAAUGGUGAUGUCCUUAUAAUUACGUGUAAUCAUGGAUUUCACAUUAAUAAUGAUCAAGAUACAGCUGAAUGCACAAAGAAUGGGUGGUUGCCUUCUCCAGGGUGUAGCAAUACACCAUGCCAAGGUGUUCCAGAUGUUUCCAAUGCUCAAACUGAAGGUAGAGUGAAGGAUAGUUAUGAGCCUGGUGAAACAGUACGUUAUCAAUGCCAUUCUGGUUUUAUUAUAAGUGGAUCACCAGAUGUUACAUGUAGAGCUGGGAAGUGGACCAAAACCCCUGUAUGCAAAGGUAAAAUGAGUGACUUGAUCUAA